AUGCUAUCUAGAAUGUGGAAGCCCUUGCUCAGAAGUAUUGCAUGGAAACAAGUUCGAUGGCAAUCUCAAGCUUUGGAAUUUAAAGAAUUGCAUCCAUCGUUAACAAAGAGAGCUGAGAAAUACGUGAUAGAGUUUAAGAAGUUAGAAUUGUUAUUGUCCAAAAAUACAGGAUUCGACUUAGAAGAACAAAAGGUAUAUUCCAGACUAUCUUCAAUUGCGGAUGCUUUUAAUACGUAUCAAGCCAACUUGGCAAAUUAUAAGGAAUUAAAUCAUAUGGUCAAUGAAGACCCAAGUCUGAAAGAUGAUGCACAGCUUGAGCUAAAUGAAUUACUCCCAACACUCGUUAAUGCAGCAGAUAAACUUCUUAAUAAAUUACUUCCACCGCAUCCAUUCGCCGAUAAACCUUGCAUUUUAGAAUUUAGACCAGGUGUUGGGGGGGUGGAGGCAAUGAUUUUUACUCAAGAUCUGCUACACAUGUACAUAAAUUAUGCUCAAUAUCACAGAUGGAAGUGGAGCAUUACGUCGAGCACUAAAAACUGCAGUGGUUCUGGUCUAUCUGAAGCUAUCCUAAGCAUUGACCAACCUGGAUCCUAUGAUAGAUUGAAAUAUGAAGCAGGAGUACAUCGUGUCCAAAGAAUACCUGCCACAGAGGCUAAAGGUAGGACACAUACGUCAACUGCAGCAGUAGUUGUCUUACCACAGAUGGGUGAUGAGUCUUCUGUAGCAAGCUAUGAAAGGACAUUUAAACCAGACGAAAUAAGGAUUGAUGUCAUGAGGGCAGGCGGUAAAGGUGGACAGCAUGUCAAUACUACAGAUUCAGCUGUCCGCCUUACUCACUACCCAUCCGGUAUCGUUAUAUCUAUGCAAGAGGAACGAUCUCAACAUAGAAACAAAGCCAAAGCAUUCCAGAUAUUGCGUGCAAAACUGGCGGAAAGAGAACUUAAGGAAAAAGAAGCUCAGGAAAGGAGCGCCAGGAAAGAUCAAGUCUCUUCAACUGGCAGAUCUGAUAAGAUAAGAACAUAUAAUUACCCCCAGAACCGCGUUACUGACCACCGAUGCGGAUAUACGCUCUACGACUUGAAUGGAAUUAUGGCUGGUGAAAGGUUGGAUGACUUAAUAUCAGCAGUCGAAAAAAACGAUGAUGAGGUUAAAGCCGGAAGGAUGCUAUUGGAGAUGGAUAUCUCUAGUCAUACACAGUGA